AUGAAAAAAACUUAAGGGAAUGGUUUUAGAGUGAGAGAUGGCUCAUCAAAAAUAAAGAAAGCAGGGGAACUUUUAGCUUCUUUAUAGUAUAGUAUCAAGUGUAAAUCUUACACUCCACAACACCGAUCAAUAAAAUAGUUAACUCACUAUCCUUUGAAAACUCAAGCCAAUCAAGAUGUGAAUCCUUUGGUCUAACCUCGAAAUGCAUUCCAACGACAAACCAGCAUCAAUUGCCAACAAAGACCUUCGUUAUUAUCAGUGAUUACAUCAGAGAGCAACAUGAGUGCUGACGAGGAAUACGAAAUUUGGGACAAUAAUUAGGAUCUGAGGGUGUAAAAAAUGACAAUAGAAGAAUCAAAGCCUUCUGUUGGAUAAUUUUUAUAGUUGUACAAAGCAAGAUUUGGGUAUGAUUAAUUGAAAUGAAAGAGGUUUUCCAGGACAGAAAUAAUGCAUAAGAAAUGAGGAUGUUAUAAAAGUCGCUGUUGAAUAUGCCUCGACUAAUAAACAACUAUUUAAGAAGUAUUUCCCCAAGAAACAGAUUGUGUUUGAAGAUGACAACGAUUAUUCAUUGCCAUAUAAUAUAGAGGACGAUCAUCAUUUUUAGAGUUUCAAUAAUUUUUUUAAAAAUAAGAAGUCCAAUACUAUUCUUAAAAUUAAUACUUCACGUAUUUGA